AUGGCGGUCAUUACAAAAAGUGGCAAGCAAGAUGGGGUCACUCUGUCCAGGGAGGGUCUUGAGCCGAAUGAUCUACCAAUCCGAGGUAAUCACCAAACGAGUUCUUCCGAGACACCCCAGGUAGAUCUGCUGGGACUGCACAUGAAGGAAGUUAUUUCGACAAUCAACCGACUCGAAAGUCUCGGAUUACAGCAGAUGAAUAUUCCUCUGCCAAAAUGCGUUGUUUUGGGUGAACAGUCUGCAGGAAAGUCAUCGGUUAUUGAGGCGAUAUCGGGCAUCAAGACUCCUAGGUCUGACGACACAUGCACUCGAUGCCCUUUGUAUAUCAAGCUAGAGCCCUCGGAAGAUCCCCACGCUAGUUGGAGCGCAAGCGUGAGCCUUCGCCGCAACUUCAGCUAUGAAAACAGACCUGGCCGAGGAAAUGAGAGACGGUUUCGUGGUUGGUGCGAGCUGCCGCAGCCUCAACUCGUACCGUUCGCAACUACGGACAACCCGGAAGAGCUGGAGCAUAUCAUUGGUCGCGCGCAACUCGCAACCAUCAGUCCUCUGGUCGACUACCAGGAGUUUCUGAAUUCAUCCCUCCACCUUGGAGAGAAUCAUAGGUGCGAGUUCAGCCCAAACAUUGUCGACAUCUCAAUCAGCCAGCCGGGACUGUCAGCACUAAGCUUCUACGAUUUGCCUGGCAUCAUUGGUCAAGCAGAAACGGAGGAUAAGAAAUUUCUUGUCAAGUUUGUACGUGAUCUAGUCAAAGAAUACGUUCGCGAUCGUGAAGCUCUUAUCCUCCUAUGCUGCUCUCUUGAGACCGAUAUUGCCAACUCAAGCGCUGGUGGUAUUGCAAGAGACUUGGGUGCAACUGACAGAUGCAUUGGUGUUCUCACUAAGCCUGAUCGGCUACCAGCAGGGUCGCGUCACGAUAAAAUCAGAGAGAUUUUUGAUAGAAAGAGAUUCGCUCUAGGUUAUGGGUAUUUUGUUGUCAAGAAUCCUGGCCAAGAUGAAAUCAAUCGUGGAAUCAGCCAUAGAGAAGCCCGUAUACAAGAGGAGAGCUUCUUUCGCGAAGAUACAACUUGGCGUGAUGCCUUUAAGUCGUACGCAGACUACUUUGGCACACUAAAUCUCCAAGCGUUUCUUUCUAAAACGCUCGCGGAACAGAUGAUCAAGCAGCUGCCAACUAUCGAUGAGCAUAUUUUGCUUCGUCUUUCUUGUGUAGAGCAAGAUCUUGAGCAAUUUCCAGAGCCACCAACCCACAACGCAUCUCGGAUUAUGUCGGACAUUAUCCUCAACUUCUCCCAGGAGGUACGCAGAGAGAUCAAAGCUGAGUUUCCACAUAAAGAAUGGAGGAACAACUGGAAGGCUCUCCAGAAGACUUUCUUUAGUAAUCUAGAAAGUAUGAAGCCAGGGAUGAAGCUUCGUGGAGUUGAUGAUGAAUCUGUCUAUCUUGACGUCCAGGCAGCACUCCCUGGUGCCUCGGCGAAGGUGCCCAUUGCGCUAUCUGAUGAAGAAGACAAUGGCGAAAACUCCACUGACAGCGAUGCAUCCGGCAAGUCUCCAAAGAAGAAGCGAAAGAUUAACUCAAUGGCGACAGCCUCACCAGCCAAAAUGCCGAGCUGUCAGGAGGGCCCAGACUCUACAGACUUCAGGCAUCUGAAGAAAACGUUCGAGCUUGACACAGUUCGAGAAUUCUUGGCAGAGAAUUCGCAGUCAAAGGUUCCUGGUCAGAUUGAGCCGCGUGUCAUUGACACUAUGAUGUUGACAGCGAUUCAACACUGGGACGAGCCGCUACACCAUUUUUUGCGCAGUCUCCAGGAGCAAGUUCACAAACAGAUGCAAGCAUUGUUCGACAAGCACUUUGAGAGUCGCAAAGGAUCCAUGUUCUACGACAAGGCAUGGGAGAUCCUUCAGAAACUAAUCCUGCCCAGUUACGACCUGGCGCGCGAUAGCCUCAACGACGAAAACCAGGGCCCGUACAUAUUCCACGAGGAUCUCUUCGAACGUGAGAAGACGGCAAUGCUCGAGUAUUACCAGCAACACCGUCUCCAGACCCGACUUGCGUUGUACAAGCGGCAGAAGGAGCAACGCACAAAGAAGCCGUUCACGCCCGCCGAAGAAGAGCGAGUCAAGAAGACCUCGAUGCCUAUUCUAGCACACGAGCCUUAUGCCCGCGAGAUUGGCGUUAUCGCACAGGUGACCACGUACUACAUGCUCGCCGCUCGCCGCUUCCACGAUGCCGUCUGCAUGCGUAUCGAGUCCAAGUUCCACAAAGAACUGUGUACGCAGCUCCGUGAUGAGCUGGAGAACGGACUGGGCAUACGGAACGACGCUGAAGGCUAUCAAGAUGCAAUUCACCUCCUUGCUGAACCGACCGAUCGCUACAAGCAGCGCAUGGACCUGCAGGCGCAGCGCAAAGCACUAGUUAAGGGUCAGGAGAUCCUUCGGGAUCUUCAGCACAGGUACGGCGGCAACAAAGGCGGCAGCGGUGGUAGUGGUGGUGUGCCAGUUGAGGAGAAGAUGGAAGGUGUUGAAGAUACGGCGUAG